AUGUGGGAGAUUUUAGAUAAUUCACAGAAUGAGUAUUUCUAUGGCUACAAGCAGGCUUACAGGAGAGAAGAUGACAUUGCCAUUGUCAAUGCCGGGAUGCGUGUCCUACUAGAGGGCAGCACUGUUAGAGAUAUGAGUAUGGCGUUUGGAGGAAUGGCACCUACCACUGUAAUGCCAGUCAAUGCUAUGAAACAGGCAAUUGGCAGAAAGUGGAAUGAUUCUCUUGUCCAUGACAUGACUACACUGUUGGGUGAUGAUCUCCCCUUGCCUGCUGGAUCACCAGGGGGCAUGACAGAGUACCGCUGUACUCUCACCAUAAGCUUCUUCUUCAAGUUUUACCUUACUGUUCAACUCAGUCUUAACAAACAGCAGCUGACCAAUCAGAACAAAAUUCCGUCAUCGUAUCAUAGUGCCACUGCCCAGUUCUAUAAGGAGACCGUCAAGAGUACACAGGUAUUUGAAGAGGUAGCUCAGGGACAGGCUGUUGAGGAUGCACUGGGGCGCCCUCUACACCACCUGUCUGCAUGUAAACAGGCAACAGGAGAGGCUAUCUAUGUCGACGAUAUUCCACCAUACAAAGAUGAGCUGAUCCUAGCAUUUGUGUUCAGUACCAAAUCCCAUGCCAAAUUGCUUGAUGUGGAUCCCAGCGUUUCCUUGACGAUGCCGGGAGUUGUUGACUUCAUCUCAUACAAGGACAUUCCUGGACAUAAUAUGUGGGGGCCCAUAGAACACGACGAGGAAUUUUUGGCUUCAGAAAAGGUUGUUUGUAUGGGGCAGAUAAUUGGUGCUGUGAUUGCAGAUACACAGACUCAUGCCCAAAGGGCUGCCAAAGCUGUCAAAGUCAAAUACGAAGAACUUCAACCAAUCAUUACAAUAAAGGAAGCCAUUGAUGCCAAGUCUUACUAUGGAGACCGACGGGUGAUUGAAAAAGGAGACCUGGGGCAUGGGUUUGAAAUGAGCGAUCACGUGAUCGAUGGAGAGGUGCAUAUGGGGGGACAAGAACAUUUCUAUCUUGAGACACAUGUUUCCUUGGCUGUGCCUAAACAUGAAGAUGGAGAGAUGGAGAUGUUUGUGUCUACACAGAACCCUGCUGAGACUCAGAUGAUGGUAGCUCAAGCCCUUGACAUUGCGGAAAACAAGAUUGUCAUCCGUGUCAAAAGAAUGGGUGGAGGGUUUGGCGGAAAGGAGACUCGUAACGUCAUUUACAGUGUACCUGUUGCCAUAGCAGCGGCAAAGCAUGGACGCCCUGUGAAGUGUAUGUUGGACAGAGAUGAGGACAUGAUUUCCUCAGGCGGUAGACAUCCCUUCUACGGCAAGUACAAGGUUGGAUUUACAAAGGAUGGGAGGAUUCUCGCUUUAGACAUGGAUAUAUACUCCAAUGUGGGUUGUUCUCUGGACUUAUCCAGACCUGUCAUCGAGAGAGCAAUGUUCCACUCUGAUGGAUGCUACAACAUUCCAAACAUCCGAGUAACUGGACGGUUAUGUCGGACCAACAUAGCUUCAAACACUGCUUUCCGCGGCUUUGGUGGACCGCAGGGAAAUUUUCUGUCAGAAACGUACAUGGCUGACAUUUCAACUGCUCUGGAAAUGUCCCCUAAUAAGGUGAGGGAAAUAAACAUGUACAAUGAGGGAGACCUAACCCAUUUUAACCAGCCUCUUGAUAAUUGUAACAUACGACGGUGCUGGGAGGAAUGUUUACAACGCAGUGAGGUCCAUCGAAGAAGUCGGGAGGUCGAAAUCUUCAACAGUGAAAACCGUUGGAAGAAAAGAGGUAUAUCUGUAAUCCCUGUCAAAUUUGGAAUAUCCUUCACUGCGAAAUUCAUGAAUCAAGCGGGGGCUUUGGUGAUGAUCUACCGAGACGGUUCAGUGCUGAUUGCUCAUGGGGGGACAGAGAUGGGACAGGGCCUCCAUACCAAGAUGAUACAGGUGGCCAGCAGAGCUUUGAAGAUUUCUAUGUCGAAAAUCCAUAUCAGUGAGACAACUACUAACACUGUCCCAAACACCUCGCCGACAGCAGCCAGCGCCAGCUCCGACCUCAACGGGAUGGCCAUCAAGGAAGCAUGCGAGAUUCUUCUUGGUAGGAUUGAACCGUACAGGGCUCAGAACCCUAAAGGAACAUGGGAAGACUGGGUGUCGGCUGCCUUUUUUGAUCGAGUGAGUCUGUCAGUCUCAACGUUUUAUAAAACACCUGAUUUGGGUUAUGACUUUGGCUCAAACAGUGGACGCCCAUUUAACUAUUUCACAUUUGGAUCAGCAUGCUCGGAGGUGGAGAUUGACUGCCUGACCGGUGACCACAAGGUGCUUCAUACGGACAUUGUGAUGGAUGUUGGUGUUAGUCUGAACCCAGCCAUUGACAUCGGACAGAUAGAAGGGGCGUUUACUCAGGGCUAUGGUCUGAUGAUGAUGGAGCAACAGAAGAUGUCUCCGAGCGGCUACUUGUUUACACGUGGUCCUGGUGCCUACAAGAUCCCUGGUUUUGGCGACGUACCUCUCGAGUUUAAUGUCUCCCUCCUCAAGAGCAGCAUCAACCAUCGGGCAGUGUACUCAUCUAAGGCUAUUGGGGAACCACCUCUCUUCCUGGCAGCAUCAGUUUUCUUCGCAGCUAAAGACGCUAUUAUGUCUGCCCGAGGGGAUGCUGGGAAAAGCAGGAUGUUCCAGUUGGACAGUCCAGCCACUCCUGAACGGAUCAGAAUGGCGUGUGAAGACCAGUUCACUCAACAGUUUCCUCGAGCGAAAGAAGGGUCCUUCAAGCCUUGGUUUGUGGAGCUGUAGGACUCAGUUGGAGCUUUAGAACCCACCAGACCAGACUAAAGCUAUGUUUGUUGAACUAGAACACGCAAACAGAUGCAAAGUACAGAGUUUCAACAGCAAAAUAUUUAACAAGCAAAUAAAAUGUGAAGGUAUGCAUGUUGAAUUGAUAUAAUCAUAGUGUGAGUUGUGUAUCCAAAAAAGAGCACUAUGCCCUUGUUUGAUUAGUAAUUUUACUCGAUCAUCAUUCUCAAGGUGAAAAAAAUGUGGGGAGUUUGUAUGGCUUAUAUAUAUAGAUAAAUAUAUUAUAUCAGCAGAAAAAUUCUCCUUACGGAAGAAAAAAUAUUAUAAAAAGAAAAAUUCUCAACAACGAAUCUUUAGUACUUUAUCUCUUCUAGGAGAUUCUUCAGACUGAAGAUAUUCUGAAGAAUCUCCUAGAUGAGAUAAAAGAACUUAAGAAAUCAUAUGGAUCUGGUAAACAUUUAUUCAGUACAAAAGUGUAAUCAUUUUAUUGGUGAUAUGAUUAUAUUUGAUGUUUUAUUUAUAUAGAUAAAAAGAUUGUAUACAUACUUUAUACAUACCCAGAAGAUGAUAUAUAAAAUAUAUUCUGAUAAAAAAAUAUGAAAUAUUUUAAAGCAUUGCUACAUGUCUAUUAAUUUGCAGCAAAUUUUUACAUAUUUGUUAAAGUUGAGUUUGUACUUGAGUUAAUUCAAGAUAAUCGAUGAAUGUUCAGAUGGUGUAAUAUAAUAUUUCUGUUUUCUCACACAUUAGUUAUUGGGAGACUUGGGAAUUGUGUUUCCUUUUUCUCACACUUUAGUUUCCAAACUGUCGUUCACUUCGGACAAUAAUGGCAUAUGUAUACUGUCAUUCUGGUAAAGAGAAGGGGAUGUUUGAGAUUGCUUUUGAGGUGGCUAGGUCAAAGCUCAAAUGAUCUGUUACUAAACACAGAACGUAAGAUUCUGUGUAAUAACAGACAUUUUAUAAGAUCACGCCCACGUUUAAUAAAACGGUUCAUUGACUUUAGUAAUGGCAUACAUGUUUUGUUGAAAAAAGGGCAGUGAACUUCUUAAUUUUGAUUUUUUUUUACUAAAAGACGUAUUCAUACAGUGCAUCAGGGCUGCUAAUAAAGGUAACUACACAGGUAUUAUACAAUGUAACAGCCUGCUAAUAAAGGUAACUACACAGGUAACUACACAGUGUAACAACCUGCUAAUAAAGGUAGCUAUACAGGUAUUAUACAAUGUAACAGCCUGCUAAUAAAGGUAACUACAAAGGUAUUAUACAGUGUAACAACCUGCUAAUAUAGGUAACUACACAGGUAUUGUACAAUGUAACAGCCUGCUCAUAAAUGUAACUACACAGGUAUUAUACAAUGUAACAGCCUGUUAAUAAAGGUAACUACACAGGUAUUAUACAAUGUAACAGGCCUGCUAGAAAAGGUAACUACAAAGGUAUUAUACAGCGUAACAACCUGCGUAUAAAGGUAACUACACAGGUAUUAUACAAUGUAACAGCUUGCUAGUAAAGGUUACUACACAGGCAUUAUACAAUGUAACAGCCUGCUAUUAAAGGUAACUACACCGGUAUUAUACAAUGUAACAGCCUGCUAGUAGAGGUAACUACACAGGUAUUAUACAAUGUAACAGCCUGCUAGUAAAGGUAACUACACAGGUAUUAUACAAUGUAACAGCUUGCUAGUAAAGGUUACUACACAGGUAUUAUACAAUGUAACAGCCUGCUAGUAAAGGUUACUACACCGGUAUUAUACAGUGUAACAACCUGCUAAUAAAGCUAGCUACACAAGUGUUAUACAGUGUAACUGGCCUGCUAGUAAACAUGUAUUGAUAAGCGAUAUAUGCGUUAUAUGUGUUAAAUGUGUUAUACAGUGAGCAGGACUGCUAGUAAACAUGUUGUGAUAAGUGUUAUUUGUGUUAUACAGUGUAACAGGCCUGCUAGUAAACAUGUUGUGAUAAGUAAUACCUGUGUUACACAGUGUAACAGGCCUGCUAGUAAACAUGUUGUGAUAAGUGUUACAUUUGGUAUACAGUGUAACAGGCCUGCUAGUAAACAUGUUGUCAUAAGUAAUACCUGUGUUACACAGUGUAACAGGCCUGCUAGUACACAUGUUGUGAUAAGUGUUAUAUGUGCCAUACAGUAUAACAGGCCUGCCAAUAAACAUGUUGUGAUAAGUGUUAUAUGUGUCAUACAGUGUAACAGGCCUGCGAGUAAACAUGUUGUGAUAAGUGUUAUUUGUGUUAUACAGUGUAACAGGCCUGCUAGUAAACAUAUUGUGAUAAGUGUUACAUGUGUUAUACACUGCAACAGGCCUGCUAGUAAACAUGUUGUGAUAAGUGAUAUAUGUUGUUCUUGUGCUCUUGCUCUUUGGUUCAUAAUGCCUGUCUUUCUAUAAUGUUUCCUCAGUUUUUGCAUUUGUGUGUCGACGUUGUGGUAUAGUACACCCUUCUGUAUCGACGUUAUGGUAUAUAAACCUAUCUGUGUUGACGUUAUAGUAUAUUUACCCAUCUGUGUUGACGUUAUGGUGUAUAUUAACCCUCUGGUGUUGACGUUAUGGUAUAUAAACCUAUCUGUGUUGACGUUAUGGUAUAUAAACCUAUCUGUGUUGAUGUUAUGGUAUAUAAACCUAUCUGUGUUGACGUUAUGGUAUAUUAACCCAUAUGUGUUGACGUUAUAGUAUAUAAACCCAUCUGUGUUGACGUUA